GAUCGUUUGGUAAGCACGGUGACGCCUCGGCGGGUUACAGACACGAGACAGAUGUAGUGUUGGAGAGGAUAUGACUAAGUUUUAUCAGAGGAAAUACAUUUAUAAGUCCUCAGAGUGACAUCUGUCAGUGCCAGUUGUGCCUCUAUCGUUGGAGGUAACUGUCUCCAUUCACUCUCUCUCACUCUCACUCUCGCUUUCUUUAUCUCUCUAUCUCAGUCUCGUCUCUCAGUAGCAGUUGUUUAUUCUCUGUGAACGAUACAAGUGGGUUUUGUUAUCGUGUGUGUGAGAUUUACUGCCACAGAAAGUCAGGCUGAGGCAGUGAUUGGUUCAGUCAUGAAGCUCCAAGUGGCUGUGUUAUGUGUGGUGGGUCUCUGGUGUGGCGGAGGAGCAGCUCAACAACCACAAGCUGAAGACUGUAUCGUAUACGAGGGUCAGGAAGACAUCAACCAAGCCAAUGUGAAGGAACUCCAGCAUCAGACAUCAAUAGGCAUAACACCACACACCAAGUCAUUAUCAGCUCAGCUCUACCUCACAUCCACCGCCACUAACCAAUCCUGCGCCAUCCUCUUCGUGGGAGGGAUGGUGGCAGCCAACUGUCCUGAAGGAUCUAGUGUGCAUCGCCAGUGGCCAGUGGAGAUAUUCAGCCCAAAGGAUACGACAGAACUCUGGUUGCAAGUAGAUAAGGAUUCGGAGGAUGCGGUAAAGGAUUCCUCCUCCUCGGGUGUGCUGUUGGUGGGGCGUCGUGGGAAACAUCGAGGUCGUUUGAUGUUUUCUACUAAGGCUUUGAUGCCUCCUGUCCGCAUGUCAUGGGGAGUUCAUUCUCCUAUGGACUACUAUUACAACUGUCUAACAGGGUGUGUGUACAGUAAGGUAGCCCAGACUCAACAAGGUGACAACACAGUGUACCUACAUCAGGGUCAAGGUCACAUCAACAUGAGUCUGACUUAUGCUUCUUCUCGAGGUCAGAGGGAGUCUUACUUGACCUCAGAUGACCUCGGCCCACCACAAGACCUGAAGAACAUUACUUUCGUUUGGAAUGAUCAGAUCGGUAAUAUUGGGGCACUAGUGGACGGUGCUCCUGUAGGCGGGCUCACCCUCUACCAGCCCCUGGCCAGAGACAAGUGGGUGGAGGUGGAGGUCGUGGAGGGAGACGCCCUAGUGGCCGCCUGUGAGCCUCGGUACCAGGAGGUGGAUGGUCGUCAUCCUCCUUCGGCAGAUGUUGAACCAUGCAUGAUGACUACUACCGAAGACGCUACAGACAUCACAACUCAACCUCCUGCUAUUAAUGACGGUAACCCACAACAAGUCAAUGGCUACAUCAUCCCAGGCUGGCUACUCGUCAUCAUCAUUCUGGUGUUGAUAUUAAGUGUAGCUAUCACUGCCGUGGUGGUCAUUCUACAAUGCCGGAGGCUUACUAAGGACAACCAAUCCAUCACCUUCCCGAAAUUCUCCUCUAUGCGGUCCAUUCGCUCCAUAAGAUCCAAUCGUUCUGUGGGCUCCAAUCGUUCUGCGGGCUCCAAUCGUUCUGCGGGCUCUAGUAAGCGUCGUAAAGAUCAACCUGACGGUAUAGCCGAAGAAGGGGAUUGUAAGGGUAACUCGGAGGACACAGGGGCGCUCUCCGAUACGGUGAUGACUCCUGCAAGUACCCCAGGGUCAUUAGAUGGUCACAGCUCAAACAAGAUGGUCUCCACUGAAGAAUUUGUUGAUCUGGAGCUUAUGUGAGGCAUGAGGGGGGGGGU